AUGCUGUUGCACGCCGCAUUCAUGCGCACCCCCGCACCUAGCGACACCUCCACCGACAGCAUCCGCGUGAACAGCCCCCUGUUACGCGCGAAGCUCAUCGUGCUGCCGCCCCUCGCGCUCACACCACCUGCGGAGUACAGCAUCUCCUUCGUGACGCUGUCGUGUGUGUUGCCCUUCAUGAGCAGCAUCGAACCGUCAAUGAGGCUCACUGUCGAGUGGAAUGCAACCGCGUAG